AUGACCCUCACGCUCCACCUCAGCCACCAAAUCCGCCGCUACUCCCAGCGCGUCCCUCAAGACCCCAAGUACAGGCUCAAAGCAUAUGCGGUAAUGGGCUACUGCGUUGCCGCCUUUACGCUGCCAUUUGUGCCGCCGCUGUUGGAGACCAGGCGGAGUAGGGCUGAUGGGAGCUAUCUUACCAAGAAGCCGUUAGCGUUUUGCCCGAGUCCUUUGAUUAGGAAGUGA